GCCGCACUGCAUAUUCAUACUGUAUAGCGAGGGGCGGAACGCGCCGUAUCGGAAUCUCCACGCAAAAUAUGUGCUCAGUUUAGUGAUAUUGUGAACGAUAUGAACAAUGUGUCGGACGGUCUGGUGAUGUGCUAGCGUUCGGACUGUAUUUGUGUUGAUGGAUGUGGACGGGUGGUCGAGGAUGGUGGCGGAAGAGGGAAAGACGAAGGCCACGGACUUCUCGAUAGCGGCUAUAAUGGCCAGGAGCGUGGAACAGCCGCGCAGUCCCGUCGCCAGGUCCCCGCCCUUUCUCGGUCCGGCGUCCCGGCAGAGUUCGCCGGCGUCGGUGAGCUCGGCGGCGUCGAGCUGCCGCAGCCCGGGGCCAGACGAGGACGUGGAGGUGGACGUGGAGCAGUGCUCCGACGGCGAGCGGGACGUCUCCGACCACGUGCCCUCGCCGACGCCUUCAUCAGAUCUAGGCGAGCGAGACACACCCUCCCCCGCGCGGCCGCUGCCCCCUCCGGUGACGUCAUGCAACUGCGAGGAGCUGCUCACGGUGGACUGCCAACUGGAGACCAAGGAGCUCUGGGACAAGUUCCACGACCUCGGCACAGAGAUGAUCAUCACGAAGACCGGACGGCGCAUGUUCCCGACGGUGCGCGUCUCGUUCUCGGGGUGCCGGUCGGAGGCGCGGUACGGAGUGCUGCUGGACGUCGUGCCGGUGGACGGCAAGCGCUACCGCUAUGCCUACCACCGCUCGUCGUGGCUGGUCGCCGGCAAGGCGGACCCACCCGCCCCCGCUCGCCUCUACCCGCACCCCGACUCGCCCUUCUCCGGCGACCAGCUGCGCAAGCAGGUCGUCUCCUUCGAGAAGGUCAAGCUCACCAACAACGAGAUGGAUAAAAAUGGGCAGAUCGUGCUCAACUCCAUGCAUCGCUAUCAGCCUAGAAUACACCUGGUGAAGAUUCGUGAUGGAGGUGGUCCAAUAACGGAUCUAUCCCGGGAGCAGCAUAGGACCUUCAUCUUCCCCGAGACCGUCUUCACGGCGGUCACCGCUUACCAGAACCAGCUCAUCACCAAACUCAAGAUUGACUCCAAUCCGUUUGCGAAGGGGUUCCGGGAUUCGUCAAGGCUCACUGAUUUUGACAGGGACCCGAUGGAGCUGAUGCUGAUGGAGCAGCAGCUGCUGCGGUCGCCGCUGCGGCUGUACCCGGGUGCGGGCGGGGGGCAAGGCGACGACGAGGCGGAGAAGCGGGCGGCGUGGGCGCGGACCCCGCCGGCGCUGCAGCUGCUGGCGCUGGGCGGCCGCGCCUGGCCCUCCGCCUGGCCGCAGCCGCUGGCGCUGCCCCCCGACCUGUGGAUGCAGAAGCCGCCGAGCACGCUGCGCUACUGCCCAUACCCCUCCCCCGCGCACCACUCCGCGCCGCCCCGGCCCGACCACGCGCCUUCGCCCCGCCACCCCAUGUGAGCGGCCGAAGCUCCUGAACUAGUAUUGUGCUGUGAAACCCCCCGGUCGAGCGGAUAAGGCUUAUAUGAUUAAUUGUGUACCUAAAUAUUACUAGAAGCGAUUGUAAGUACUACGGUUAGUGUUGUGCUGUAAAGUAAUAUAUUUAAUUCAUAACGAAAGGUUCCUACCCGAUAAUGUAUAGUUAGAUGAAUUGCAGUUACCCCAUUUCGUUCCAGUUUCACGCAAAAUUGUCGUAUGAAGUUGUCUGUCCGAAUUAUGUAUCGAGUAGUAUUAUAACCAAAGAUCGUAGCAGAACUUGUAGUGAUAUACCUUGUCCGACAUUUGUUUUGGUCGGGGCAGUUACAUACAUUCCAGUAACAUACUGUUUUUUUUAACUGUGUAAUUAAUUUACCUUUAAGCACUUUUGUUAGUACCUACCAUAACAAAUACAACCUAAAUCCAAACUGCGCAGAUAACCGAACGCAUCAGCUGUAAUUCACACCUCCAUUAUCUUAAGUUAUUGUCACUGCGAAAUCAUUUAAAAAUUUGCUUUUAAAAAGGUGCAAAAUUAAAGGCACGAAAUCAAUCUGGUUUGAUUUUUAUAUUCGACUCGUACGUAAUAAAGUAGUUGUUUUAUUUGUGGUAUAGGUGGUCCGGGUGAUACAUGAUCUGUACGGUUGUAAAAUAGAAUAAAUUUAUGUUUCAAUCCCUGUAAGAUAUCUGUAUAUUGUAAAGUAGCCGACUAAAUUAUUUUUGUAGAUUAAGCACUGUACAUACGCAAUCUAGAUGUUUGUAUCGGAUAGAAAAAUAUUUUAAGUGACUGCUCACACUUAUCUAUAUUCUAUUUUUAAUAUUUAUUAUGAAUCAAUAAAAUCCAACUCAUACUAUUUCAAACUAUUAUGUAGGGAACUGAUCUUGUUUCAUUUCAGAAUUCAAAAGUGUAUUAAGAUUUUUCACACCAAUUUUUUAUACUUCAUGUCAUGUUUAGAGAACAUAUUGUUUUAAAAAUUUUGACGUGUAUUAAAUAUUAAUCUUAUACGAGAAAAACUUGUAAAUUGAUGUUACACGCUGAUCAAGACGAAUCUAGGCAAAAAGUGUACCACCCAAUAUUCCGCAGAGCGCGGACGCCCGCGGGCUAUAAUUAGUGUUGUUCACGCUGCACCGCCAUCGAUGUAUGACAUCUAGAUAAAAAUACUCGUUUCUGACUUUCGAGGAAAUUGAUUCCUUGAUCAGUUGACGGACCUAUUAUAUACCGUCAAUUGGUUGGGUUAUACCAAUUCAAUACUUACUAGUCGUGAUCUGACUGGUAGGUUUGACGUAAAUGACCAAAUUAUGUAGGUCUACCAUCUGCCUAGGAAUCAAUUUUUCUGAAUAUACAUUUUGCACUCAAAUUAUUUCAAGAUACCAAUAACUCAGACUAACACUUAUUGAGGGUAUACACUUAUAUGGAGAUUAUUUACUCAAUAGUGCUAUUGAUUAGCAAACGACAAAACAUUAACCAAUUCACAACGCUGUACUGUU